ACGCUGCGCGCGCAGCCUGCUGUCACAGGACUCCAGCCUUCUGUGGUGAUAGCCGAGUUUCGAGCUUUCAUCAUUGGGACGAUGGUGAUUUAACAGUGGCAAAUAUAAACCACGGCUGUUGUUUUAUGGCAGUCGGCUGUCCGUUUUUUACCUUUCACGGGGACUAGUCCUUUUGAGAGAAGUAUAUUUUACGGGUGAUUAUCGGAGCUGCAAAUACUGCAGGAGUACGACUCGACUGAAAAAAGAGAAUUAUGGUGCUGGGUGGAUCGCUAGCACAGGAAAAGACACAAAUGAUGCGUAUUAAAGGCACCCUGUCUUACAUGAUAUUGCAUUGUUCUGGCACCGGAUUAUAAUAUUACGGACCUGUAGCUGCAGUCAUUACUCAAGAGAUCCAAAACCUGGGAGCCAUGAGAUCCUCAGCUUUGGUCAGCAGCUGAAGCGGAUUUCUUUUGAGAGAGAGGAAUUUUUUGUUUGUAAGAAAAGGGAAAAAAUCACCAUGGAUGGCCUGCAGAAGGACAGCCAGCCUGGCAUGCCGUUGGACAUGGUGAGUGGCCAUAGCGCGGGCAGCGGUGGCGGGGAGGCCGACGGCGGGAGCGGUAAGCUGGAGAACGGCAUGACCCAGCUGAUCACGGCCGAGGCCUGGAACAUCAACUCCAGCGGGCUGAUGAAGAAGGCCCUCUCCCCUAUGGUGGCCGUCCCGGCCCCCUCGGUGGUCAGCCCCAGUGCCGAGUCCCCUGGAGGGGUGGCCCUGAAAGUGGCCGCCACUGUUCUGCAGCCCAUCUGUCUCGGGGACAGCCCGGUGGUGCUCCCCAUCCACCUCCAAAUGGCCGGGAGCACCGCCCCCCAGGUCAACCAGGCGGCCAGUUCUCCCUACCUCAUGACCAGCCAGGGUCCUGUCUCCCUGCCUCUGGUCUUGGAGCAGCAGGUGUUCCAGCACCUCAACUCCCCCGUUCUCCCGCCUGGUGCCCAGUGUCCCACCAUAUCCCUCCAGAACAAUGUCCUGUGCCACAACUCCUCUCUCUCAUUCAGCCAGCCCUCACCUUUGGAUCAAAAGCCCAUGGGGCAGGCGCAGGAGCCUGGGGUCCUGCCCCUCUUCCAAAACCCAGGGCUGGCUGCCAUUUUGCAGGACAUGUUCCCAUCCCAGAACAACUUGGGCUCCUCCCCUUGUCACCCCACUGCCCCUCCCCCGGCUGACCCUUUCUCUUCCUCCACGUUCUUCCCGCAGCCCCCUCUCCCCCAUCCAUAUAGUUCCCUGCUGUCUCCCCUGGUUCCUCCUGCCACCCUGUUGGUCCCAUACCCCGUCAUUGUGCCCCUGCCCGUUCCUCUACCCAUCCCCAUCCCAGUCCCCAUCCCCAUCCCACCUAACGCAGAAUCCAAGUGUUUUUCCGACCCUCCCAGGCCAGUUUGCACUUUGAGCAAAAGCACCCAGACUAACAGCAAGGAGAUCCCCAGUCCCUUGCAGAACUACAGCAGGGAAAUGGCUCUCCUGGUGCCCCAAUUGGACUCGGCGUCCUGCAUUCCUAUCACCAGUGGAGAAGUUCUGGACCUAUCUAUGAAGUCCCCACCAUUUCAGACCAAGCAGGAAGUCCCAGUUCAGCAAGACAGUGUCCUUGACUUGUCAGUGGCCAGUGUGAGGAAACCGUGCAUCCAGUCAUAUGCAAGCAGAGAUGUGGGGGUUGAGCUGGACCACGCCUGUCGCUCGGGUGAAGAGACAGCACAUGCUGCCUUAUCUCUGGAGGUCCUGCGUCCCAUCGAGCAUGCCCAGAAGCUGGACUCCAAGAUUCUGAAUGGCCUGGCAUCCCUGGAGUUCAGCCGGCAGCACAAGUGGGUAAUGGACGGGGGUGGAGGAGGGGGUGGAGGUGGAAGGUCUGGCUGUGAGCCCAAGUGUGGUGGGGGCAGCAACUUUGAGAUCGUCAGCACCUCCCAGACAGCCAAGGUCAUCGUCUCGGUCAAGGAUGCUGUCCCAGCCAUCUUCUGCGGGAAGAUCAAGGGGCUGUCCGGUGUCUCUACCAAAAACUUCUCCAUCAAACAGGAUGCCAACCAGCAGGCUGUGUUGCAGCAGUGCUUUGAACGGAAGGCCCAGGCCGACCCUCGCGACCCCAAUGACCCCCUCAAAAAGACACCCAAAAACAGAGCCAUAAAGUUAAAAAAGGUCAACUCCCAAGAGAUACACAUCCUCCCCAUCAAGAAACAACGACUUGCUGCGUUUUUCCCCAGAAAGUAAAACUCUGUGCAUAUGCUCAAAUUCAAAUGAAGGUCGGGCUUGUCCUAACGAUGGUCUCCUGUAGAAAUGGACAAGGCCACAUUAUGUGCUGUUUUCCGCAAACAGUUAAGGGCAAGUGAUACAGCCUUGGUUGCCUUUGCAAGUACUUCAUCAGUCAAGUCCACAGAAAGCAGCUUUGUUUCACAGAGUAACAACAAUUUGGUAGGGGGAAAGGACAUAUAGUACCAUAGCCAAAAUGCCCAUGGGGUGAUCUACUUCAGGAGGUUUUGGAAUGCUUCCUUAGCCACAUCAUGAAUAUGCAUUUGUUUUGACCCAGUAAGUAAUGUGCUCUUAUAGACUUUUCCCUCAUUUACCAUCAAGUUUUGUGUCACUGAUGGUUUGCAUUUCUAGCCUUAAAAUGUAUAUCUUAUACAUUUAAAAUCCCAUUCCACCUCAUUAUAUAUAUAUAUAUACUAUAUAUUAACUGUUUUGGGGGAAAUAAUCACAGUUAAGUCAUGAAUCAGAAAUCAUCAGGGGGUCACUUUGAACAUCAGCAUUAGAUCUAAACAUUCUUUGUUGAUUAUGAAAUUUGAUAUAGGGUACUAACUUUCACUUCCUAAUCUGAUAUCAGUUUACUGGCAAUCGGCAUUUCAGUGAUUUACUCAACCAGUGCAUAUUUCUGAUGCAGAACUUGGAUUGAUGACAGCUUGGCACAAACAAAGCUGUGUUUUCUUUACUUAUAAUGAAUGCUUGGCACGCCAGCCGUGAUAUCAUCAAAGCACAAUAUUAAUCAGCUUGUAAUGGGAGAAAAUAGAUGAACACCCCACAUCUCUCCCACAUUAAAUUUUAAAUCAAAUGACCACCAAGGGCUAUUUUAAGGAAAAGGGUCAGAUUUGAAAAGGUCUGAUGAGCAACUUGAUUCAGCCUUGACAGAAUGUCAGUCUGUUUUUAUUUUUUUGCAUUAUUCACUGGAGACAAAAUGUAAUGCAUAUCACUAUGCUUUUUUUUUUCAAGAACCACCUUUCAUUAAACUCAGAGCAUAUACGUGAUGCUUAGACAUGUACAUAAGUCAUCAUUAAAUAGAUUCAUUUCCACAUUUGGGAAGUGCUGCACCAUUCACAGCGAGUUUUAUUUGAAAAAAAAAAUUACUUUCAGUGUCUAGACUUGACUCUGCAUGUUGUCUUUCACAAAGCCCAGAAAUAAUCCAAAAUGUACCUUCUGUUUGUGUGUAUGUGAGCUCGAAAUGGCAAGUUCUGUUAACUUCUAUGUUAUUGUUUUAAGUAUUUUUACCUGUUCAUGUUUGUGGUCAGAAUUGUAAUGUAUAUGUAAGUGCUAUUGGGUUGAAGUAGAUGCUCUUAAUCUUAGCAAUUUAGUCAGAUAUCUUAAUUGAUUUGUUUUUCUCCACCUUUUGAGAUGAUCUUUUACCAAUUUUGUUAUUUGUUUUUUAUGGUGAAAUCAUAUUGCUCUGUAAAGAUGUGAAGACAUGCUACUGCAUAUAGGCUAUAUGAAUACGUUUGGUAGGAACUGAGUUUUGCAAAUAGCAGGGGCAAAAUGUGAACUCUAUGAAACUAGUGUUGGGGUUGAUGAGAAGAAUAUGAUGUGUUCUACUUUAGAAUAGUAAUUUAAUUUCACAGAUUGAUUGGUUACUUUUUAUUGCUGUAAUUUAUUUUGUUGUACAGUGCAAUUGCACAAGCUUUUUCGAAUGAAAAUAAAAUCAAUUUACUGUUGAGUGCAAUACCAGCUGCUACUUCUCCAAAUAUUUUAUAAUGUACUGACAUUGGUCAGACAGAUUAGAAGGAACAUUCAGAUUGUAGACUAGAUAUGGAAAUGUUGACCAGUUUUUUUUUUUUUUUUUUUUAAUAAAAAUUCACAGACACAAAUGUGCAUGUUCACACAUAACAUGAACACUCUUAAACAUAUUCAGACAUGCAUUUGCAUCCAUGCACACACACACACCUUUGGUAUGAAGGAUCCCUUCCCUUGUAUGUGUGGACUUUUCCCUCAGUGCUGUUGUGUUAGAUAAAAGUCGUAUGUUGGCUUUAAGCCCUGUAGGCUUGUAAAGUGUGUGUGGGGGCAGGGGGGUUGAGAGGCUGUGUGGAGGGGGUUUGGUUGGGGACACAUUUUCCUCUGCACUGUCAGUUGAGAUUGCUGUUAAAACAGCUGGGUCUCUUUGAAAACAAAGAGGUAUUCAAGUGUCAUGUGACACUAAUUCAAUCUGACCAGUUUAAUAUGUUGGAAACUAUGUGCAACUUUGAAAAUAUAUCAUUUUUUAGGUCAGAAAAACAGUGCAGGACCUCAAGGGUCAUGUCACAAUUAGUUGUUCUAGAGUGCAGUAACAAAACAGAGCAGCCGCAUUCAUACGUACAGGCCAUUGGCUUAUAGAAAAAAAGCAGUACACCCAUGUCCCUAUGGACAAUCAUAUAGAUAUAUUUUUACAAGUGGUUGUAUGUUUUCAGCAUGAUCAAAUUAAAGAAGGGCCCCAUUCUAAUGUAUUUACUUGGUACUAGACCUAGUUUUGGAUUGAAAUGGACCUUGAAGAGGAUCCAGCUAUCAAUGUAUUUAUGUGUUUGUGAUGUUUCAACAACUAUCCUAUAAAUUAUCCUUAUCUUACAAUAAAAUACUGUCUUGAAUGUCUUCUACACAGUGAAUUAUUAUACAUUAACAUUAGUGGCAUAUCUUAAAAGUAUUAAACUGCAUUGACAGUUCUUUCUACUUUUGCUUUUACUAAGAAAGACUGUACAAUCGUGUAAGUACAUGCCAGACUGUUAAAGACUGCAAUGAUUGUAAGUCAUAGUCGCAAUUUUCAGUGGAGAGCAAUUUAUGUUUAACCCAUUAAAUUUCAAGCUAGAAUCAUUGCUACUUAUUGUCAUGUGAAAAAAUAUUUUGUAUACAUUGGUAUUUAAAUUCCUGGAUGAAGAUUUUAUACUGUGAGCCAUAUAAUGGUCCACAUUUUUUAAACAAUGCAGCUGGGUGAAUUACAUGAAUGAAAAUAAAAAAAGGUUCUCCUA